CUUGUGAUAACAUUUCUARAAUGGCUGGUUACAGUUACAUUCAAAGGCCGAUUAUAUAGAUGUGUARAUCCGGUUUCCUGUUCCUCUCUAUCCUCUGAGUAUCUUCGGAGAAUUUAGGAAAAGAGAAUGUCGGACCAAUCAAAAUGCACCACCAUCUAUAUGUCUCGGGAGUUGAGACAGGCCAGCGACAAGGCUCUAUCGACAGGUGCUCAAGAGAUACGCUUUCCAGACCAUAAAUCACCACCAUCUCUUCGAAUUGGUCAAAUUCAGACACACCAUUUGAGUUUAGGAAUCCGCCGCUCUUUCGCCUCCACGGACCUGCUCACCAAUGCGCAUCCGCAUUCAGCACACAGUGCACUUUCCCUGGACAGCCUGGAGAGGGUGCUAUCGCUACACUCAGACUCUAGAGUGGAGCUCCAGCCUACCAGUGACACCACCCUGAACCCCAGGAGCUCCCACAGCAGCCGGCUCUCCCUGGAGGACAUAGCGCUGCCUGCAGGUGGGGAGGGGAAGUGCAGCGACGGAAAAAAGAGUUUGGGCACGGAGCACGAGGAGAACUGGCAGGACGCCAGGGACAGCACCAACGAGUUGCACCCUGAGGAUGAUGAGGAUUCGGGGUCCCUUGAGUCCAUCGAUGAGGAAGAGGAGGAGGAAGGGUUAAUGGUGGUAAACCUCAAAGCAAGUCAAGAGAAAAGGAAAAAGAGACAUGAUGUGGAGGGGACUUCAACUGAGAGCCCAUCAAAGUACCUACAGGAAUUCCAUAGUUUACCCAAGAGGCUAGUGCCCUCUGAGAUCACCCACUGUCUGUAUGAACUAGAGGAGGAGUGCAGGGGAGUGGAGAGAGAGAGCGACAGUGUCAAAUGGAAGAUGGAGCUAAUUCAUUGCAGUGUGGUCACAGUCCAGGAAACACUGCGGACUCUUCUGAAACGCCUGGUGGAGGCUCAGAGCAACGAAGCCCUGGACCCAACCCCAAUACCGACCACUCACCACCUCCUCUCCACUACCCACCACCGCCCCUCUCACUCCCUCUUCCACUCCGCCAACCCUCUCCUGCCGGCAGACGCCCCCACCAAGAUCCAUUCCACCUCCCAGGUGAACCAGGUGCCCUCCAACCUGUCCCAGUGUACACACCACCACUGCCUGGCUCACUGUGCCGUGGCGCGCCGCCCAUCCGAGACUUGCCUGACCGAGGCCAACGCCACCCUGACCCAGGGCCACUGCUGCCCCAGGACCACCAGCCCUGGAACCGCCACCCUGACCAGCUGUGCCCAGCGGGGGAAGGAGAGGGCAGCAGCCCUCCAUGCCAUCACUGACCUGAGGAUGGACGUCGAGCACCUGCGCGUGGCCUAUGAGGAGGGGCGCCAGGAGCACCGGGAGACCCUGGGGUUGCUGAGGGCCUUCCAGAAGGACAUGGGUACCCUGGUGUCCCACUGGCGGAGAGACAGACACGACAGACAGAAGCAGAGUGACGUCGGCACACAGCUGGAAGCUAUCAGACAGCAAUCCAACAAUGUCACUGAGAUGUGAGUGGGGGGGGCAGAGAGAAAGAAAGGGAGGCAUACCUUGUGAGAAAAAGAGUGGAGGAGCAAGAGAAGAUCUGGACAGUUGGAAAUGUGUUAGAGAUGGGGAUUGAAGGGGGGGGGGUGUAAAAAGAGGAGAGUGAGACAACAAAUGAGAGCAAAGGGAAGGAAAGCGAGGGAACGGUAUGGUAAAAAGGGGUCACCUGAGGCCUCCAGGGAGAGGCUUCGGAGGAAGAAAGAGAAGUCAGCAGACAUUUUGAGACGAGUCUGUUCUUAUUUGCCCUUUUCGAUUAUUAUCAUCAUCUCUGAACCAUCGCAGAGGACUGGUAGCUAAAAGAAAACAACCACAUUUCCUCAAGUCUUAUCACUAUUUUAUUAGUGUUUCUUUAUGCAACCAAAUKAAAUGGUGGUCGCUGAAUAUGAUGCUGAAAACAAAAGGCUUGUUUGGUGAAACAUUUGGCUAAAAUCAAAUCACAUUUAUUCGUCACAAUCACAGUUUAUAGCAUGGAUAAAAGGUGCAGUGAAAUGCUUACGUGUUAGCGC